AGUAGACUGAAUUAUAGUUGUCUGGGAAUAGCAUUUUUUUUUUUACUUCCCUUUCUCCUAUCGUGAUUUGCUUUUCGGCCUCUGUGCCCUGAUGAUGUUCCAGAUUGAGAAAUCAUCGCAACCACAUCAGCACUAAGGUUCUAACUGAUGCCAACGAUAAGCAAUCUACUCAACAAUGCAGACGUCCACAAAUAAGUCUUGUAUUCAAGUUCGUGUGAAGCAUGAUUCUCUCCAUAAAUUCAGUAAAGACCACCUUCUUAAUUACCUGGAAUCUAUAUGGGACUGCAGUGUGAAAGAAUUGAAAGUUGCCUGCAUGGGUAAUGCAGCAAUAAUUUGUUUUACAGAAGCUCAAGAUUUCACUACUCUUCAGAGAACAUGUUCAGAAAAGCCAUUAGAAGAGAUGGUUCUAGAAGUCAAAAGGACUUUUGAAGGAGGUGUCAUCCUGGUUUCCAAUCCACUCCCUAAAACGACAGAUGAUUGCUUUGUGUACUACUUCAAAAAUACUCGACGUAGUGGCGGAGAUCAGAGUGCUACAAUAAUGAAGAGAGACCCAGCACACAAAUUUCUGCUUGUUCAAUUCAGCAGUAAAGAAGUGGCAGAGAAGAUUUUGCAACGGACACAUUGUCUUGAAGGCACCCAGCUGGAGUUGAAAGCCUUUGAUCCUGAUUUAGACUCCCUGCCUUCAGAACAAGAACCUGAACCUGCCCAGGGAAAUCUUUCAGCAGCUGAUAAUGAAUAUCAUGCGAGAAGAGAUUUGGAAAGUACUUCAAAUUCCUUAGAUCACAACAUGCAAUGCUUUGAAACACAAAAACAGCAGCAAAUGACAGCCAAUGAAAAUUGCACAAGAUAUGUUGAAGGAAUGCACAGAGUUUAUCGAGGCACUAUAGAGGUGUUAAGUGAAGUGGAUUCAGAUCUUUUUCAAGAAGUCAGCAUCAAAGAGGAAGGUGAUAAACUUUUAAUUGAGGGUAAAAACCAGGGAGCAGUUGAAAAUAUUGAUAAUUUGCUGAAAAACCUUGUAAGGAUGCAGGCAACCUCUAAAUACUUGAGUAAAGUAGGAGAGGAAUUUACAGAAUGGAAUGAAAUCUUCACGAAAAUUAGAGAGGAAAUAGAAGAGUUUGGUUAUAUUAUUUCUGUGCGAGAUGCAGCAGAUGGUAGCAGGGCAAAGAAAUUUGCAUUAAAACAUGCAAAAGCUCCAUCUCCAUUGAUCAGAUGCUGGAAAAUUUCCUUAUGAGAGAAGACAUCAGUGUCACAAGCAAUGCAGAAAGAGAUCUUUUGACCACAACAGAAUGGGACAGAUUUUUAACUAAAGACCUUGAGGAAGAUUUUGGAGGGAAAGUAUUUGCAGUCUAUAAAGAACACAAACAGUGCUAUUAUGGUAUUUGCUCCUGCAGACCUGAUUGAGAAGCUAAAAGUUGUGUGAGUCAGUUUCUCAGUAAUUCACACAUGACAGAAUAUCUGGAAUUAACUGAAAAGGAAAAAACAUAUCUGCAGCUGUAUCAUAGCGAUAAACUAACUGACCUUCAGAUGCAAACUGGGGCGGAUAACAGUAUCAUUACAUUCACCAGUGAUGGCUGCACCAUUUCAGGAUUCAGAGCAGGUGUCAGAAAUGCAUUAGGCUUUCUCAAAAAGUUUUGCAAAGAAUUUUUUUGCAGACGUGAAAUUUUCUACCACUAUGGGUUAAAAACUUCAUGAAUCUGAAUCUUGGCAAAAGUUGAUAAAAAAGCGGAAAGAGAGAACAAAUGCAUCAUUACAGACUUGCCAGAUGGAAGGAUUAGAUGUGAAGAUGGGACUUUUGAAGCUUGGGGAUUAAGGUUAGCAGCAGUAAUUAAGUCGUACAAGAGUUCGCAUAAUGCACCUUUUUUUCACCUCGUGGAUGGAGAUGUCAGCAGUAUGAAGACAGAUGCCAUUGUUCAGUACCUUUUUCACAGGGACGACGACUAUGCAAUGUCAGCUUCUGCAAGUGGCACUGAGAACUUUGAAGAAAAAGGUGCACGACCAAAACUGCAGGCUGUAGACAUCUGCAAGACUCCUGUACAAAGAGGUGUGCAUGUUGUGCAAUCUGGUAGAUUGCCAUGUAAAGCUGUCAUCAACAUUCCAUUUGAAAAUGAAAUCUCCAUGCAAGGAGAUUGUUUGAAAACGUUGGUUCAUGACAUUCUUAUGACUGCAGAAAAGCAUCAUUUCACAAGUCUUGCAAUGCCAAGCUAUUGGUGUAGAUGGAACCCAUGAGCCCAUGGCAGUUCAUGAUGCCAGUGAGGCUAUAGUGGAUGGAAUUUUAAGCUAUUUUCAUCAGAGAAGCUGUGAUACAGAGAAAGGGUUCAGACUUCAAAAAGCAGUCACAUCAAACAAUAUAUUUCUGUGCUCUAGCAGACCAGCCUGUUUCAAAGGGUUUGAAUUUGAACUUGAAUUUCAGCAUGAAAUGGACAAGCUUAAUGAUCCAGAUCUUUUGAUUCACCAGUAUGUGGCCUGUAAACAGGAGAGUUUGCAGGGAAGACCAGUUGAAACUAAAAAAACACUUCAGAAAGACAGUAUUCAAGUCAUUUCUGGAGAUAUUUGUAUCAUCCAGGCAGAUGCCAUUGUAGUACCACUUGACAGUGAUCUUGAUCUUAGCAAGAAUAGGGUUACCUCAUCACUGUCAUACCAUGGUGGCUCACGAGUUGAAAAAACUUUACGAGGUGAUGGCUGGUGGGGUGACCCAAUUGGGAACCGGAUGGAACUGUUUGAGAUGGAAGGUAUUCUGAUAGGCAGUGGUGGGAAUUUGAAAGCUAAGCACAUCUUCUAUCUGAACCUUCCCUCUUGGGGGCCUGGGGCAUCAAAGAUUUUGCAUGACUUGUUGAAAAAAGCCUGAUAAAUGCAGGGAGACAUUCCUGUAGAUGUCUGGCAUUUACGGCUCUGGGAACAGGCGCACUUGGUUAUCCUCCAGAGAUGGUGUCCAGGAUUAUGAUGACAACAAUAGCAGACUACCUAGAGCAAGUUCAUUCUUCCCUUGAAAUUGUAAAAAUUGUCAUUUUUCAUGACAAAGAAAUGGAACUGGUUUUUGUUCAAGAGCAUAACCAGUGGUAUACUCAAAGACUGAGUCCUGGGGUAUAUGGUUAUAUGCAGUCUUGCUAUCCCCACAUGUCAGGAAAAGAGUAUUCCGAAAUGCAUAAGGAGAGAAAAGGAAGGGGACAAAGGGGAAGACAUGGCUCAGAAACAUCAAAUAAUCAACACUAUCCUCAACAGCAAUGUACCAGCCAUGGAAAUUCAGCUAAAGUCUUUUCAUCUCAUCACAGCUUUCAAGUGGAAUCUGUUAAGCUGACUGUAAAAGUUGGUGACAUUACACUUGAAAAAUGUGACAUGAUCGUCAACAGUACAAAUUCAAAACUUGAUUUAACAAGAGGAAGUGUUGCAAAAACAAUCGCACACCGUUGUCCCCACCUGCAGACAGAGUGCUCUAAAAAGAAGUAUAAGGAGCAAAUAAAGAAGACUGGACUAGCUCUCACACCACAUCAGGACAAGUUACCAUUCAAAAGGGUUUUGCAUGUGGAUCUAGAUGAAUUCCUGAAAAAUCCACAUGAAAUGCUUUAUCGGUGCCUUGAAAGACUGCGUGAUACUAGUUCUUUAUGCUCUAUUGCAUUCCCAUUGAUUGGAAAAGGAUCAGGAAAGAUGGAGAACCCCAGUGUAGUAGGAACCAACCUUGCAGAGGCUGUGGUCAAGUUUUCCAGAAAACCAAAGCAGGUGAAAGAUGUUCUACUUCUUGUCAACAGCCAUGAACUUUUUCCACAAGUGGUUGAAGCUGUGGAAAAAAGACUCAAAAGUUUGAAAAUUAUAAUUCAGCCACCCUUCAAAGAGAAGAUUAAAAACCAAGAACAGAGAAAAGAAAAUAAAGAAAACAUCCCUUAUUCCAGUGCUGUAUCGCAUUACUCUUUUACUGAUCCUGGUCAAGGGCAUAAGCCAGACCAGCACAACACACUGAGCAGAAGCCAGGAUGCUGUGUCUCUUUUCAUAUUUUCUGACAACAAAGAGAUGUGUCAAAAUGCCAUUGAUGCCAUUCAAUGCAGCAUUACAGAACAAUUGGAAGGAACUGCACAAAGUCAUUUUACUGGCAACCAGAGUUAUGUUAAUCUUCCUCCAUUGGUUUACCCAGCCCAUUAAAUGGUAUCUGAUCAAAAUAGAGGUAUGAAUACUUGAACCAAGAACUGACAUUAAUAACCCAGAAUAAAUCAGUUCCAUUACAAGAAAGUGAGAACUUGACAGCUACCCACAUAGCACAAGAUCUGGGACUGACAUUGGUUUAAUGCCUCUGUGUUUAGGAUAUAGGGAGCCAGCCUUCUUCCAGUGAGGAAGAUCCGCUAAGUGGCUGCCAGUGUUGUAAAAUAUCAGUUCCAGCUAGCGCGGCCAGUGGCGGCUUGGCUGACAGUCCGACAUCCGUGUGGAGCAGCAAACUUCCCCAAGUCGACCCAGCUGUCGGGACUGGGUACCUGACUGGGUGACUACUUAAAAAGUUGGGGAAAGUAGCAAGGGAGGGGAGCUGGGUAUCUUCCUCACAUAAAUUAGCUGGCCAGCAAGAUAUCGGGCCAGCAUGGCUGUGCUAUUGUGGUACAAGCAUUCUUUGAGUUUACUAUUGUUUCUGUUCAUUGGUACUGUCAGCAUAAUGUAAUAUUUUAUCAUUAUUAGUGCUGUUAUAUAUUUUGCCUGAUUAUUAAGUACAUAACAGGUGUGAUGCAAUGAUUUUAAAACUUUGUUUUAAUGCACCUGAGGAACCCUUCAUUUUUAACACAUAUUUGCAAAUGCAAUUUUAUUGUACAAAUAUUGAGAAAAUGAUACAAACUUUUAAAUAUUAGAGUUUUUUUCCAAAAUAACCAGAAAGGUUUCAAUUUUUGUUUUUCUAAGUACCUAAUUGUAUUUAUUGAAAUGAUAUUAAAUAUUAUACAUGCAUUAUAUAGUAGGUCGACCAUUGCUGCCAUCUGUGGACCUAGCCAGAAGCAGUUCUUACCUACAUCUUUACAGCUCGUUAGCAAAGUUUGAUUAAAUUAAUUUUCUUUACAUUCGGUCCACGCGGUUGUUUGUGUUCCGAGCACUUCACUGAAAUGGAGAAAUAUUUCCAUCGAUUUAAACUGUGAUCUGUGCCACAACUUUAAUAAUAUCUUGAAGAGUGACAGCAAAGCAUUUCAAGAUGUAAAAAGUUGCAAAAACUAAACUGCAAAUAACACAGAAUCAAAGAAAAAUAGUUCAACUUUUAUUUUGAACUAUACUUUUAUUUAGAGAAAAAAACUAGAUCAUUGAAAACAUAUUUAGUCCUAAUAUUCAAGCUAUAGUAUAUAUAGUGGCUUUUAGCACCGUCUAUGUGCUACUCGAUCAAAGCAUAUAGUUUAAACAUUACAUAUACAUUUCUACAAAAAGUAAUAUGUCACAGUUGUUUUGAACUCUUCGUUGGGAAACAGUGACGACGAGUUGAUAUAGUUUCUUUGCCUUCGAGGAAGAGCUGACUGCAAAGGUUGCUAUACGGAGUGAUGGUAUCACAAAUCGUAGCAUUUUCUUUAUUUCUUUAUAUCUUAUUUUCAUUUUGGGGAAAGCGGUGUAAGGAAAGAUACUUUUCUUUCGUAAAUUUUCGGCGAUAUUUCACACACAGCAACAAUUAAUGGACUUUUUGUGCAAAGAGUAGCAGCCGUAUUCACUAUGCUGAAAACCCUUUCUGCGGUGGUCCAUAUAUAGAUAUUGACAAUUUUUAAAUGUUA